CAAAGCCAAGCUUAUACUUUAUGCUAUAAAAUACUGAAUUCUAUGUUACACCUGCAGUAAAACAUCACACGGAAGCACAGGCAUCAAUCUAAGCGCUUUAACUGUUAUAAGCAGGUAUCAAAGUUGGUUUGCUCCACCCUGCCACAGGACUAAAGCUAACACUGAUGGUUGUGACAUUGUGCAGUGUGACGGGCUGGGAAAAAAGUUAAAGCAACACGGACAAAUUUCUGUAUGCGGUAAAAGAUAAAUCAGUAAAGAAAAUAUUCACAUUCAUGUACAAAUACAGUUCAAAAAUUUAAUUUUACAAAAAAAGAAAGAAAGAAAGAAAGAAAGCACUCCAUGGCUCUCACAUCUGAUCAAACAGACAUUUCACACAAGGAACAAAAUCCAAGAAAAAGUGCUAAUUACUACUAUAUGUGGUGCAAAUGUAGCCAUGCAGUAUGUCAUCACCAAGGGAAAAACAAAACAAAACAAAAUAAAAAACAGACCAGCAGUAAUUCUUCAUUAGACUCUUCCAAACCUCCAUCUGUCCACAUACUCCACAUACAUCCUCCUAGUCACUCAGGCCACCAAACCUGUCUCACAGGUACAUCAUAGACGAUUGAAGGUUCUUAUCUACAUCCUAUAUUAUUACUUCCUCGAGUAUCCUAGCAACCAAAUGGAUUAAAAAUGACCCACCUUACUAAAACAUCACAUUAACACAUUAAUUGUUUUGAAGCAAAAUCCAAACUCACCACCUUUGAACUUGUCUCCUUCAAACUCAUUUCUGCCCAGUGACAAAGAAACAGUACAGUGUUUUUGCACUUCACAGAAUGGACCAUGAACGUUAUGAAAAAAACCCCACAAAUCCUAUUUUUAUUUAAACAAAACCUUUGUUUGUAAAAACUGACAGCCCCAUUUUCAGUUAAAAGGGAUGCAUUUCUGCUGCUAAAAACAUAAAAGUCUGAGAUUACUUCAAUACAUGCUAGUAUUACCUCAAAGAAGAGUGAGAGGGCAUGUAAAAACCUAAAAGCAUGAAAUAAUUAAAUUACAAUUUUUAGAAGAUUCAGUUCUUACUAAUGAGCCCCUUUGAAAUUGUGUCUUCAAUCACUAAAAGAACCACACUGACAUCUUGAUGCAUGCUCAAUCAUCCAGGUAAAUAAAUCUCCAACAGUUGAUUCUGUUCAUCUGGACGUAGCGUUUUCAGUGGGAAAACUGAAAACGCUACGUCCAGAUGAACAGAAUCAACUUUUGGAGAACCACACUGACAGUUUUAUACUGCCUCAAUCGUCCCCUUAAAUAAUGGAUUGUUAGAUACAAUAAACCACCACAGGCAUUAUCUCCAGUAACAAAUGACCAGUGGGAGUUUAGCGAUGUCCCAUUCCCUAAUGUAAAGUGACUAUGCUAAAUAUCUCCUGUUUUCAUCAUUGAGGCAAAACCUUCACCAUCAGCUGAAGCCCUCUCUGUGGCAGCAGUGCCAUCUCCUGCUGAGCUAAGCACAGAGCAUAUUAGCAGCCUGUCAUGCUGCUGCUGCUGAGAGGAUUACACUUCAUAUGUGUGCAUGACCAUCAUGAUCUCCUACACACAGGCGCCAGCUUUUUACAGGCCAUGUAACAGAUUACACCUGCAUAGGGCAAAUCCCACUGUUAGGCUGCGCACUUGUUACCCCACCUCUCUCUCUCUCUCUCUCUGAUGGAGGAAAAAAACCAAAGAAAACCAAAAGCAAAAAAAAAAAAAAAAACCUCAGCUGGACUAGUGUUUCAUUAUUUGUGUGCACACCUGUUCUCAGCGAUGACACAAGAAAGAGACACCCUUGCAUAUGCAAAUAUAUAAUAUAACAUUAAAUAAAAUAAAAUAAGAUAACAUGUAUUACUGAAAAACAAUCAGUGCACAGAUAAAUGUGAACUUUUCCAAUUUGUAUCUAACGCUACAGCGCAAAUGCGCACAACAUCUGCGAGGAAACCAGAAGCCAGAAAAUGGGUUAAAAAAUCUGUUUGAGCGCAGUGUUUUUACACUGAACAAUUCCUCGCCUGCAGCACCCAGAAGUGAACAGCAGGCGACCCGGAAGAUUUGAAGUCCGACUGAGAGCGAGCAGAAAGAAGACUCUAAUCCUUUUUAAAAAAAUAUUUCCUUGCUCGCUGGUUCAGGUAUGUUGGCCACUCGAUGCAAUUUCUCUGCCUCUUUUUGCUUUUUUUACCCUCCUUACCCCCUCUCUCUCUCGCUCACACACACACGCAGCUGCUCCGUGUCGCUUCGUCACCGUUUCUAUUUAAGUCAUGCAAAAGUUGGAAUUACAAAAAAGCGCAUUUGCAGCGCAUUAAUGGCGAAUAAUCACUUCGUUUUUCGGCCGCAGUGCCACUUAAAGCUUCCACGGCGCGUCAGGAUUAUCAUCGACGUUUGGAUUUAUGGCUCAGCAGCUGCAGAGCAUUCAGCAAAGGCAUGAUGAUUGUUGUAGGAAGUGUCAGGGCUUUUUUUUUUUUCCUCCUCCCCGAGCCGGGCUAUUCAAACCUGCAAAUCAAAGAUGGCUGAACCCCGCUUUAACAACCCCUAUUUUUGGCCUCCCCCUCCUGCCAUGCCUGGUCAGCUGGAUAACCUAGUAUUGAUCAAUAAAAUCAAGGAGCAGCUGAUGGCGGAGAAGAUCAGACCGCAUCAUCUGGCCCCUGCUUCAGCCCCUUCCCAGCAGCCCCUAUUGGCUACCUCCAGCCAGCCCGAAGGCGGCCAGCAUGGGAUAUCCAAAGCCCAGCAGAUGCCUGUUCUUCACAACCACAGCCCAUCUCAGCCUGAUAUCGCCCUGCACGCCCGCCCCGCCUCCAGCUCAGUCACAGGCCGUAUUCUUGGAGAUGUAAACUUGAAUCUAGAUGACAAGGCAGCUAUAAAAGCCAGAGGAUUAUGGGAAGACUGGCAUCUGCGUCAACUCAUAGAUCAUCCUUCCAGAACAAACCACGUCUCAGGUGUGGCGCUUGCAUCCAGAACAGGCAACCUAAACACCUCGGAGAUCAUCACCCCCACCACGCCCACCUCAAGCAGCCACAGCCGCCUGGGUGGAGCUCCCUCCCCUCACCUCAUCUCAGGGUUGGCCGGCCACGGCAUGGAGCCUGGGAAAAACAGCAGUGGAUUCGUGGGACUUCUUGGUCCUCCUCCAAAGCAGGAACGAGGACGCAAGAAGAUAAAGGCAGAGAACGGGUCAUCUCUUUUGGUGGUGCCCUACCCAUUUCUAGCCUCAGGCAACGACCAGUCGUGCAUCACCAUUGCUGCCAAAGAGGGAAAAACCUACAGGUGUAAAGUUUGUCCGCUGACCUUCUUCUCUAAGUCAGACAUGCAGCUUCACUCCAAAACACACACAGAGGCGAAGGCUCACAAGUGCCCUCACUGCACCAAGUCCUUUGCGAACGCGUCCUACCUAGCCCAGCACCUGCGCAUACACCUGGGCGUCAAACCUUAUCGCUGUACCUACUGUGAGAAAUGUUUUCGCCAGCUCUCCCACCUUCAGCAGCACACCAGAAUCCACACGGGGGAUCGGCCUUAUAAAUGUGCCCAUCCUGGAUGUGAAAAAGCUUUUACUCAGCUGUCUAAUCUGCAGUCUCACCAGAGGCAGCACAACAAAGACAAGCCCUUCAAAUGUUCCAACUGUUACCGUGCCUACUCAGACUCUGCCUCACUUCAAAUCCACUUGUCUGCACAUGCCAUAAAAAACGCCAAGGCCUACUGCUGCAGCAUGUGCGGCAGGUCGUACACCUCUGAGACCUACCUUAUGAAACACAUGUCUAAACACGCAGUGGUGGAACACGUGGUGUCUCAUCACUCCCCUCAUCACAGGACAGACUCUCCCGCCAUCCCUAUACGGAUCUCCCUCAUCUGAGCCCUUCACGCGUCUCCUGCCCUCCUGUUUUCUGUGACAUCGUCACUUUGGUCCUCUGAAGAACCACACAGCCCGCUACUGGGAUCCAAAAAAAUGUGCCAGAUUGCCAGUAUUUUGUGACGAGGUGCUCUUUUAUUGAGUAUAUCCUCCUGUCCUUCCUUGCUGACCAGACAGUAUUAUCGGGGGCAUCCAAAGAUGAUUUCUCAGCACUUUCCGGCCUGAAAAUCACAGGCCUAAAAUUUCAAUUUUCUAUGUGACUUCACAGGAAAAAAAAUGCUCCAGGCAGCUACAUGGAAAACCUUUUUAACCUUUUUUUUUGUGUGUUUCACAGAUUUAUUUGUCUUUUUUAUACAGUCCUUUACUUUCUUUACUCUUUACAAAAUAAAUAUAUUUGCAUCAGAAAUAGUCUUCCAUUAGCUGAGUGGCCAAGUUAACAUAAAAGUGAAUGCUUAUAUA